AUGUCCGGUAAUGGAUCCACUCUUCAGAAAGCGAUUGAAUUGGUAACAAAGGCGACAGAAGAAGACAAAAAGAAAAACUACCAUGAAGCACUGAGAUUGUAUGAGCAUGGAAUCGAUUAUUUUCUUCAUGCUAUUAAAUAUGAAGCACAAAGCGAAAAGCAAAAAGAUACGAUUCGGCAGCGUUGUGCGUCAUAUUUGGAUCGAGCUGAGAAAGUUAAAGAAUACUUGAAGUCUGGCGCUGAUAGAAAGAAAGCAGUGAAAGAUGAUGGUUCAGGCGCAAAAGGUUCAGAUUCAGACUCUGAAAAAGACAAUGAAAACAAAAAGUUACAAGAAAGAUUAUCCGGUGCUAUUAUUAUGGAAAAGCCUAAUGUAAGUUGGGAUGAUAUUGCCGGUCUUGAAGGAGCCAAAGAAGCUUUGAAGGAAGCGGUUAUAUUACCCAUCAAAUUUCCUCAGUUAUUCACAGGUUUGUGCUUUUAUUAA